GAUAAUAGUCGCCGCCACGGAUAGAGGAGACUCAUACACAGAAACAGCAUGGCCAAGUCUUCCAAGGUUAUCCGCGUCGGCCAGGACGCGCCGCACCAGCCUGAUGUGGAGAGUGAGAGCAGCUACAGCUUCGUGGAGCAGUCGAAGCGCCAGGUAAAGGUCAAGAUCCAGAGCUUGACGGACGAAGAGAUUGUGUUCGACCUUAUCGGCGUGGACGCCGCUAUCGCCAACGCUCUCCGCCGCAUCUUGCUGGCUGAAGUGCCGACAAUGGCCAUCGAGCACGUGUACAUCUGGAACAACUCGUCCAUCAUCCAGGACGAAGUGCUCGCUCACCGACUGGGACUGGUUCCGCUGAAUGUGGACCCGCGCGAGUUCCAGGCCUUCCCCGACAACGAGGAAGCGGAGGCCACCGACGAGAACACUAUCGUCUUUAAGCUCGAUGUCACCUGCAAGUUUGACCCCGAGCACCCGAAGGACCCAACCAAGGCGAUUCACUCUUCCGUUUACUCGCGUGACCUUGAGUGGGUGCCCCAGGGCAACCAGGAGGAGCGUUUCGGAUCCAUUCGCCCUGUGCACGAGGACAUUUUGAUCGCCAAGCUGCGUCCGGGCCAAAGCAUUGCAUUGGAGGCUCACUGCCGUAAGGGUGUUGGCAAGGACCACGCCAAAUUCUCCCCUGUGGCUACCGCGUCGUACCGCUUGAUGCCCAAGGUGGAGCUGACGGAAAAGGUGCAGGGUGCCGAUGCUAAGAAGCUCGUGGAGGAGUGUCAGAUCGGGCUGUUCGACAUUGAAGACAUUGGCGGCGUCCCCACGGCUGUCGUGAAAGACCAACGUGCAUGCACCAUGUGCCGUAACUGCAUUCGCGAGCCUGGUUGGAACGAGAAAAUUAGUCUUGGACGCCAGAGCGACCACUUCAUCUUCAGUGUCGAGUCAGUCGGCAUGCUCAAGCCUGAGGAGCUUCUACUGGAGGCACUCAACGUGCUCGCCGAGAAGUGCAACAUCGCAUUAGAGUCGUUCACGCAGACCGACGAGGACGAGGAAAUGGCUGAGGAAGAAGAGGAGGACGAGGAGCAGGAAGAGUAGACUGACGAUAGAAGACUGCUUGGCUGGGCGCCUCGACAACUGAAUAUAUGCAUGCAUACCACUACUCACUCGGGUCUCUCAUCUUCAUUCUGCCUAUUGACACAGUACCAAUCCGUCGGAACGUGCUGGAAGCCUCCUUUUUGAAAUGCUCUUGCGAUGUCUUCGUCUAUUCAAGUCGCCUCCUGCACCCUUGCUGCCUUCGCUUCUUGCUUGUUCACUAUAGCCCCGCAGGAAUAAAGAGGCACCCAGGUUAGCAGCUCUCGUCGCGCCUUGGGGCCGUCUAGUUCUCCUGGUUCAGGAAGACGGACGCGGCACGGAUGCCCACGAAGACCAGCGCGAUCUUGGACAGGUCCCAAGCCACGGCCUUCAUCUGCUUGGAGGUGUCCACCUGCGGCUUCUUCUUCUUGAGCAUAAACAUCUUGACGGCGGUCUGGAGGCGGCGGCGAUUCUCGUUUGAGGAUGACAGGCAGCGGGCAAGUCCCAACGUACCACACCAACUAUACAUAACUGAAUAUUUGAGGGUAAAAUUCGACAUGCAUUUUGUGUGUGUGUGUGUGGGGGGGGGGGGGGUCCCUGUCAACACACGGGCGGAGUACUACAUAAUAGGCUGGCCCUACAGCCCAUGUUUCGGAAUAGGGUUAGGGAUAAAGGCAUACUAAAACCAAGUAAGAUCUCAAAACAUGUAAAACAUGCUGAAAUCAUGGACAUCCAUGUUUCGGUUUUCAGGACGGGUGUCAUGGCACCCAAAUCUAUUGCAAAUCCCUGGGAACUGGGUAAUCGAGCUGCUAAAUGUGGCUCUACCUGUCCUUAAAACCUUUAGAAGGCCGGCCCAGCGCUAGGCAGGGAACUGUAGACCCAAGCCUUGCUUCGGGACUUCGGGGCUACGUUUGCGGGUUGUUCAUGCUUCUCAAACGCCACUGGUGCCGAUUUAGUCUCUGCAUCACGAUAGAUUUGCGGGCCAUUUCACCCCCUCCAAUCCGAAAACAUGGGCUGUACAUUUUUCGUACAUAAUAGUAUAAUAGCCCCAGAUACCGGCACCUUUGUUGAUUUUGGCUGCAAUACGAUUGUGCCCCUGUGUACGCGUAUGUAGUCUCCUCCAUUCAACUAGCUGAGCGUAUCUUGCUGAUGCAUGGCACUUCCUACUGCGAAUUACCAUAAGACAGGCAAAGUAUGUUGCGACUGUAGUUGUGUGGCCCGUCACACGGCCAACAACCGCGCGUUCAAGCUGCUGGACGUGCAGGUGGCGUCGGAGUUGACGACGGACGUGAUGUGGCACACCAUGACGGUGUCGGUGACGACGAUGUACGGCUAAAUGCGGCCGGUGGCAAGGGCGAGUCAGCGGGCUGGAGCCACCACCCAACGCUGGAAGUGGGCGAUUGAAGUUGAAGCAGUGUGACUGCCGAAGAUCGCCAGGAGGGACGACGUGGGCGAGUCAAGUUGGAACCAUGCCAGGAGGCGAGGCGACGCCAGCGGAGCGAACGUGAGGACAAGAAGUGUCAAGAAGGGGGAGGGUCCAAGUAGGAUAGGAAGGGCGCUGUAGUUAGAGUUAGUAUAGGCGACGGAGGGACUACGGUAGAUAGGAGGGUGGCGAGCGGCGGCCGUGCCGACUCGACCCUCAGUCAAGAUUUGUUGCAGGACGUGCAGCGAGUUGAGACUAAUACAUUGAUCUGCGCCGGAAGCACGGGUUGCUGACCUUCGUACUGCGGCGGAGGGCGUCGGCGAGGAGUCGAGCAGUAAGGGCGAGGUAAGCUGAGGUAGAGCUCG